AUAGGAAAAACCGGCGACAUGGCACAAUCAAGCAAUGUGACAAGUAUGAGGACAAGUUUACCGUUAACAAUGACCUCCAAGUCCUCUAAUGAAUACAGCGACAUGCAGGUUACAAAGUUUCUCACAAUGCCCAUUGAAACACAGAACAACGUCUCAUUUAAUCAGAAAGAAGUGGUGAAUAUAGAGACCCUAUCUGGCACUACAAAUGUUGAGAUGGGUCAUAGUCCUUGCCUUCGCAAAGACUCAGUCCAACUUGAAGUUUCCUCCUCAACUGACUCUGUAUCUGAUUGCUUCAUUAAAGAAGAGCUACAACAUGUAAAAUCAAGACGAAGAAGUCUAGCAGACUUUAAGAUGGAGCUUCAAAAUAUAUCACGGCAUAUUAAUGUAGAGCAAGAGGUAAUGAGGGGUAGCACAACUGCACCUCUGCCUACGUGUUUCCUCCCAGAGAUUUCCCUCAAUGAUAAAGAGCAAUGUGAAACAGCUGGUUCCACAGAGCAAGCAUCAAAUGUUACGCCUAUGAUCAAACAGAAAGAUAAUUCUGUUCAAAAUCAGAAGACCACACCUUUCAGCCUUAAAAAGAAGCCAUUCUCAUCAAGGUUAUCAUUUUGUGGUAUCGUACCAAAGCUUUCAAAACGAGCUACUGUAACUCCAAACAAAUCUGUUGCCAUAACUACUAAUGGAUUACAAUGUCUUCCACCUGAUAAACAUGUUGAUGUCAUUGAGCAAAAUAGCAACUGCGAAACAGUCAACAUCAUUGAUGAAGAACUUCCCGAGAUGAGCAGUGAAGAGGACUUGUCGGGGAGUCUUGAAAAUUGGCCAGUCAAUAAGGAAGAUGAACGUAAUGAAUCUUUGACUGCACCUACUCAUGAAGCGCCUUUUGAGGAUGAUGUCUUUGAGCCAAACACAAGCACUAGCCAGGGUUUGAAAAGACCAUAUACAGAGGAAGGCUAUGUUACAGCAGAACAAACCAAGAAAGCGUUCAUCUCUGACAUGGGGCCUGACUGUCAUGAAGCUGCCGUGCAGUGGGAAGGUAAUUUUACAAGUCAUGCCUCUCAGAAUCACAAGGCAAAGACAAUAGAAGAAACAGGAGUUUCUGAAUCCACUUUCAGAAAUUCCCAGUGUGACUCUUACUUGGAUGGGACAAUGAAUCAUGAGUUUGAUUUCAACAAGAAACUUGAGGAUGGAAGCAUCACAGUGAAUGAGUUCUUAAGCUACUUUGGUGUCAACUUUGUUAUCCACAGAUCUAGACCAAGUGCUCUGCCUGAGAGUUGUAGAGCUGGAGAGCCUCUCACCAUGGAAGAUUUGCUCAAAGAGAAAUACAUAUAUCACCCCAAGCAGAGAGUGUAUGAGCAAGACUGCAAGAGCCUUACAGAUAUAGUGGAGAGGCUUAAAGAACAAAUGCCUGAACAAGAAAAACCCCUGAUAUGUAUCAAUGGAGCUCUUCACCAAGAGACAUGUACUCUCUCUAAAGAGAAGUUAAAAAGCUUUGGGUCCAAGUUGAAAGAGCGACGAGUUUACUUUGGAAAGAGGAGCAAAGCACUUUCUCAUGAAAUGAAAGGAGUCUUGUACUCCGAGCUCAGUAAAACAGCACAGGAUGCAAAACAGAGCCUGCUAUCUAAAAUCAAGGAGAUGGAUGAAACGAUGGCAGAGUUGGACGAAUGCAUUAAUGAACUGGAGACUGAACUUGCAGCUGUAAAUACAGUGAUUAUGGGUGACCAUCAUAACCCCAAAUCCAGACCAGCCUUGAAAGCAAAGGAAGAAGAUUUACAUAACCUUCAUUCAGCUGUCACCAAGAAGGAGAGGGAAAAUGCUGAGCUGGAAAUUCAGUUGAAGACUUUGGAGGGCCAACAGGAGAAGCUGCGAGAGGAAACCAGAGGCCUUAAAAGUCAUCUUGCAACUUUGAACUGUUUGAAUGAGUGGCGUCUGGAGGAGACAGAUGAAAGUGGGGCUUUGUUUACCUUCCUUCACAACACUGUACAUCUGCAGGUGAAACUGCAAACACCUGCUGGAAAAGAAUGGAUGACUGAGGAUGUGGAGCGAAACAUAGACAUAUCUUUCCAGAUGCAGUUGGAUGUGGACAAGUCUGAGUGUCAUGCAAGCAUGGUUCACAAGUUACUCACACUUCACCAUCGGUCUCAAACUCUGUGGGUGCAGAGGUACCCUACAACUCGACAUAUACCAGAGCUACUCCAUGACCUCAGUUUGGUGGUGGGCCGUCUUAGGCUCUUGGGUGAGGAAAUCCAUCGGCUGAAGAAAUGGGGAGGAUUGAAGCUUCGCAUUCUGAGGAUCAACUGUGUGGACACACAAGUUCACAUUGUCUUUUCAAGUGUGCAAGCAUUUGAAAAGUUUGAGUUAAUUCUAAGGAUUACCCCAGACUAUCCCGUUGGACCACUUGAAAUACAGGAUUUCAGCGUUCAUGUUGGAAAUACAAGGUUUAAUCAGAUCGAAGACAUUAUAUCAUCAGUUAAACCAGCCAACAACUAUCUAACAAAAGUCCUGAAGAAGAUCUACGACGACCUCCUAAGUUAAGAUCUCAGGCCAUCUUAUUUUACUCUCUCCCUCUCUGUACCUUUCUGUCUUUUACAUUUUUGUAAAUAUUGAUGUUUGUAUGAUGAACAAAAUUAAUAAAAACAACU